UUCUCUCUCACUUCAGCAUGAUAAAUCACAUUUCUGUAUCUUUCACACUUACAUGCGAAAGAAGCUGCAACAAAACUACUUUUUGCGUACUAUGUAUCAUUUCAGUUGACGAAAGAUGUUGAUCUAUUUGUAUGUCUUAAUCAUACAGCAUAUGAUGUUAUCAUCAUCAGAAGCAAUGUAUCUUGUUGAUAAUCGUUUACCAAUGACAAGAAGCGGACGUUUGGAACAACCACCACUUGUUGAUAUAAAUAAUGAUAUGUUGGAACAAGAACUUUCGAUGGCAUACAAAAACCAGGUCGUACCUUCCUCUCGAUACCUCACAGACUUGCCAGCAAACGAAGAAUCUCCUUUCUCUCUAAACCAAAUUAAUCUUAGACGAUAUGCAUCACUGCUGCAGAACAAAGACUUGAUUUCGCAGAAAAACACGCGACAUUAUAAUGAUUAUUCCCAGGGUUAUUUAAGCGAAUUGCAAAAGUUUUAUGAAAAACAAUCUCAAAAGAGAAGUCAAUCAACAGCAAACAAUGAUCAAAACACCAUCACUGAAAAUGACGCUGGUACAUUGUCUAAAGAUCCGGAUAGCAUGGUAAACAGUACGGAUACUUUAUCACGUGAUACAGAAGUACCACUAAAAGACACUGAUAUAACACAUAAGCGCGUUUUUAACGAAUCGGAAACUGUUGUCGAGGUAAUAGGCGACGAGAAUGCAAAUAACACAAUUUCAGUGGAUUCAGAUUUAGAGUCCAUUCCAAAUUUAGAAAGUAGUAAUGACACGAGCGUUAAUGAAACGCAGGAGUUUCAAGAUUUACUUGAAGAGGCGCGAAAAACAAAAGAACAAAUAGAACGGCUAUCAGCAAAGUUAAAUGAUGACUCAGACGAAAUGACAGCAAAAGACAAUGAAACAACUGCUUCUAAGAAAAGCAAUCUUGAUAAUUUGCAGAACGACAUAAGUGUUGAACGAGGUGUUCGACAAUUACUUGUAAAGCAUUUGAUUCAAGUGCAAAUCGAAGAUCGACACCGCGAAGAAGCGUUGGAAAGUAUGUUAAAACAUUUUCCCAUUGAAAACAAUGCAUUAAGGUCAUGGAAUAUUACCCAAGGUGCACUAAAAGCUAUAUUACGCGCAAAGGUAAAUUUAAUGGAUCCUGAAAAUAGACUUCUAAUGGCAAAGAAGCUGAGCCGCAUAAGAGAGAUGCAAGGCAACUGAUACUGAUUUUCCCGCCUUUUUUAUACUACUCAUUCAUAUGUUUAUAGUUAUUUAUUUUUUUUAGUUUAUGCAAAGGAUCCUGAAAUAUAAUGCAGCAUACAAAA